AGAUCCCUUCCAACCCCAACCACUCUGUGAUUCUGUAUGAUCCUGUGUAAUGUGCUGUUCCCCAGCAUUGCAGGGGCAGGGAAGCAUCUCCCCUGUUCAGCCAGGUACAGGGAGCAGUGAGGUGACAGACAGAGGUCACCUCUGUGGCAGCUGAAGGAACAAUCUUUGCCAGACACCUCUCUGGUCCCUCUUCCUGCUCAACCACCAGCGACCCAGAUCCCGUUUCCUUACACAUAUACUUAUAUUGAAAGCACCAGGCAGGUACCAGUCCAAGGUGAGUAAGAGCUACCUAUUUGCCUUUGCUAGGAGAGCUCAGGUGAUGCCUGCACCACUCACUGGAUCAUGGUGCAGGGCAACUCAGGUCCUGAAAGCAACACUGCCGUGCAGCAGCGAGCAGCGUUAUGUCAAUGGUUGGACUCGAUCUUAAAGGUCUUCUCCAACCAAAAUGAUUCUGUGAUUCUAAGCACAGCUUUGCACUGCAGAUGUCAGCUGAGGCUCCUGACAUGCACAACCUCCCCUAAACACUGAGGGAGUAAUAUCUUGAAGGAAAAGAGACAUGAAAGCUCCUGAGAGUUUGCUAGAGAAACUAUUUGUCCAUGAAGGAAGUUUCUUCCUAGCCCUCCUAUUGAGAAACUGAUUUGUGGCCAGAAGCAUAAGUAUUUUGUAACCCUUGUUAAAAAUACAGUAGCCUAGAUGCAUCACAUUUUUAAGCAUUGGCCUUGGCAGUCUCUUGUGGACAAGAGAUCUUCUGGUUCAUUUUCUUUUGUAUGAAGCACCUGUCUUUACCAGUUUUGAAUGAGCUUCCCUCUCUCACCAGCUAUAUCCUCUUUCUCACUGUCAAAGCAGACACUGGAAGAGGUGGGGCCCAAAGCAAAAACUAUGCAAACUGCACAGCCUAUUACAAAAGAGAACGGGGUUCACAGCUGAUUGCUCAAAACAAGGAUUUCUGUUUCAACAGCUGCUGAAGUAGAGCUCGUUUUGCUUGCACUAACUGGAUGUUAUCCAGACUUCUGAAUCAAUCCCUUCCUCACCUUCCCAGACACUUACAGAAGAAGGGACCUCUAAACUCUUCAGCAGGAUGAAUAAGACCAAGGGAGCCUUUGAGAGCCCAGAGCUUUGGAGCCCAAAUCACAUACAGAGCACCUCCUUGACCAGUGUGCCAUCCCCAUCUGCAUUCAGCCAGCAGGCCACAGACAAAGCCCUGAAUGUGAUCCUUAUUGUGGUCCUCUUUGUCAUCAUGGUAUCUCUGGGGUGUAUGAUGGAGAUAGCCAAGAUCACAAUGCACCUCAGGAAACCCAAAGGUGUGGCAAUUGCUGUAAUGGCUCAGUAUGGCAUCAUGCCCUUGACAGCAUUUGUGUUGGGCAAGCUCUUCCAGCUGGGUGCUACAGAAUCCUUGGCUGUCCUCAUCUGUGGCUGCUGCCCAGGGGGAAACCUCUCCAACAUCUUCAGUCUAGCACUGAGAGGAGACAUGAACCUCAGCAAUGUUGGGGAAAUCUCAGUGACAGGUCAGGAAAGAACCAACAUUGUAAUGACCACAUGCUCAACAGUUCUGGCAAUUGGACUAAUGCCUCCGCUUCUGUACCUUUACUCGGGAGGACUAUACGAGGGUGAUUUGGAGGGCAAGGUGCCUUACAAAGGAAUAAUCACCUCCCUGGUCAUAAUGCUAAUCCCCUCUGCAAUCGGCAUCAUCCUGAAUGAGAAGAAACCACAGUACACUGGCUUUAUCAUCAAGGCAGGGAUGGUUGUGCUUCUACUGUCAUCUGCUGCAAUAAUCGCUCUGUCUGUGGCCAAUGUGGGAAGCAGUAUCAUGGUUGUCUUCUCACCAUUCCUCCUGGGAUCUUCUGCCCUGAUGCCUUUUAUUGGAUUCUUCCUGGGAUAUGUUCUCUCUGCAGUCUUCAAGCUUAAUGACCGAUGCAGGCGGACAGUAUGCAUGGAAACUGGCUGCCAGAACGUACAGCUUUGCCCGACAAUCCUCAAGGUUGCCUUCGCCCCAGAAAUCAUCGGGUCCCUGUAUUUCUUCCCACUACUCUACUUGCUGUUCCAGCUUGGAGAGGGACUCCUGCUCGUCCUGGUCUUUAGGAUCCAUGACAGAAUUAAAAAAGGAAAUGAUGCAGCAAAAAUGGUGUGCAUAGCUGUGGACACAGUUAGUGCUCUGGAAGUGUCAAGACCCUGCAGAAACAGUGGCAAACCAGGAAAAUGAUACAGACAGAUUAUGCAGCAGCUGCUAUCACCACCCCUCCGAGCUGCACCUUCUGCAGCUGGCUUAGAGGUCUCCAGCAGCUCUGUGCAAGACUUACUUCUAUGCUCAGUUUACACCAAACAAGGAGUCACCACAGAGCUAAUUGUACCCUCACUGUGAUUUACUGAAGACCUUGCUCCAGACUAAGCCUGUCCCUGCCUGCCCAUGAGAGAGACUUCCAAGUCAUCAUGACAACCCUUUGGGACAGCUUAGGGCCAUGCUCUCAAAUGACCACCCCCAGUCUUGCCCAGAUGAAAGUCACUGCCCACAUCAGUUCCCUUUUUCAAUUUCACCUACCUGGAAUUGUCUCGCUGGCUGAUGUUGGAAGCAGCUCCCAAAGGCAUCACUGAAAAUUAAUGUAAUUUCUCUACGACAGACCCAAAGUGAGGUAUACAAUUUCCCAGUGCAGGGGCCACCAAUACCCAGCAUGCAGCUAGGCAGCCAACCGGCUGCUGGUCACUCCCAUUUUCCAAAACCUGAGCAUCAUGUGGUGUUCCAUUGCUCUCCACACAGCAGAGACCACAAAAAUUGAACACAGCUAUACAAGCCGCCAAAGUAUGUCAAGUUUGGGUCCAGCAAGCUGUACCUUGGAAAAUACACAAGCCUUUAGUGUGCCUUGCUUUGCAGGAGCCAGUGAACUAAAUACAGGACACCAUCUAGCUAUUGUCACUCUACAAAUGAGAGUAUGAUGGCAGACUGGCAUUAACCCCUCCAACGUACCAAGUAUGCAUUGCAACCUGAAGUAAUCCCCCUUAACUAAGACUAAACAGGCUCAUAUGAAGAACCCAUGCUUCAAAAACACAGAAUAAUUUCUGGCCAGAAGUCAACAUAACCCUCCACAAUGCAAAGCCUGGGAGUUUGUUGUAAACUGGAAGUUUGUCAUCACAAAGCCAGGUCCCCAAAUAAAAUGCAGAAACCUAUUCAGGUUGCUUGCAAGGCAAGUGGUAUGGUUCAGAAACAGAAAUGGAAACAGCUGUUUGUAGAGCAGGCAGUCCCCUGCAUUUAGCCUGAGGAAGUAUCUGAAAUCCCACCACUUUCCGGUCAGCAGGUGCCUUCAGCGACCUGCGUUCCUGUUGGAGCCAAGGCCCACUUGAACACAGACAUGCCUGAUCACUCACGUAAGCAAGAAGGACCAACUAACUUGAGGUGACACAGCUGACCUUACACCUGGCUUUUUCAGCCCUGCCCUUACCCGUGUAAGGUAAAGCCAUCUUCUUCCACCCCUCUUCCAAUGGUCCAGCAUCUGAACUACCCGUCUCUGAGAAUGACACCUUCCACUCCUCAAAGCUGACUAGCAACAAGCCAAUCAACUGCACACCAAGCCAACCACCUCAGCACCUGUUCCCAGAAGCACCUGGCAGUUUGGUACAGGGCCACCUUCACAGACAGAUUCCCAAAGCACAAAAGUUCUUUCUUGUUCAUUGGCUCAAAACACAUUUAUGAGAACUGUGCAACAGCACCAAAAAAAGGCAGUGGGUCCUGCAGAGACCCUGAAUGACUCACCUCCCACAGGGCCACACCUGGUGCUGAGAACCACCUUGCAUUUCCCAGGAUUUAAUGCAAAGCCCAGCCUUGGCUCCAAAGUUCUUUUUAAAGGCCUCAGUGGGUUACGGGAGUAACUUUUUAAAGCACUUAUAAGAAGACACUUUUUUUAAAAAAAAAAAUAAUUCUAAAGGUCUCUCUUUCAACAUGGACAAGGGUUUGAGAAACAGGGGGACUGCACAGGGCUGCUGCUCCUGCAAGGCACAAACACUGAAACAUAGGCUGCAGCACUCCCACCAACUUAAAAAUCCCUCUUCUUCCUCCAGAAUGAGGACUAAUGCUUUCUCCACACCUAAAUAGCCUCUCACAGGCGUGUGCACAAACACACUAAUGAAGUAUGCCAACUACAUCCAUGUUUCAUAUUUCAUCUUUAUUAUCCAGUGAUUAAAAGCUACAUGACUUGCCUGAUUCUCGUUAUCAAGGUUCUCGUUCCAGAACAUAAAAGAGAUCUAAGGACAUAGCAUAAUGUAUUUAAAAGGAAGUUCUCCCCCAGGUCCAAAAUGCUCGAUGGCACCUUUGCUGUAGACCCAUCUUUAAGAAACAUUUUAACACUGUCCAACAUGAGAUGCAGUCAGGAACACUUCACUAAGAACACACUAGAAGCAGAGACAUGUUUCUUUAUACUUCAUUUAUUUAAUUCUUAAGUACCAAGAAUUAGGGUGCUUUAUAGAUUAUUACCACAGGGCAGUGAAAUGAGCAUUUUCUUAGUGUAGUGCAAGUCAUAUUGAAUGAAAAGCUUUUAAAAUAAAGUUUUAUUACCAGUACUGACCAGCACUUAAAUCUGCUGACCUAUAACUGAAACAACGGUUUAAAAGCACAAAAAAUACCUCCAAAAUAAAGCUUUAUGUACAGCAUAUGUAGAGCUCUUAGAUGCCUAAAGCUACUAGGUUUGAGAUACGAUACUAAUGUUCUGAGUUGCUAUACACAGUUGAAUAUACUGCGAAUUAAGUAUUCAGAUGACUUUUUUUGCAGUACAAAAAAUUUACGUUGUCUGCUUUAGUUAUAAAGAGCUCUGCCAAUGUACACAAACUAUACACUUCAGACAUUCACAAAAAGAUGUAAGCAAGAAAAGAGUUAUCAAAAAACAUUUAAUACAAUUAGUCAAUAACCCGUCCCACCAUAGUCCACAUCUACAAAGUUUCCCCCAUCCCUCCCCCCUCCCCAUCCAAACCCUUCCCCACAGAAAGUCACAUACUUACCACAAGUUUUAGCAAGUAUGGUUUUAAAAAGGGGCCUCAGGCCAAGUUACUUAUAGUUCAGUUGCCACUGUCAAUAGAUCUGGACCUCGACCGCGACCUGUGCCGAUCCUCAGAUGAUGGAGAUUUAGAUCUACUGGAAGAACCACGUUUCUGGCUCUUCUCUGGCAUUGGAGAUCUACUAACUGACCGGGACUUGCUAUGGCUCCUACUCCUUGACCUGCUGUAAGACUUGCGGCUGCGGGAACGGGAACGGCUACGAGACCUGGAUGAGCUUCCGCUACGAGACUGCGACCUGCUUCUGGACCUACUGAGGAAACAAGGAGCAUCAGAGUUACAGAUGAAACGCCAUGGACCACGACAAUAGCCAGACAAUUCACUGACUGUUCUUCAAAGCUUUCUUAGUGGAUAUUUAAGCAUUAUUUAAGAGAAUAGAAAUCCAUACCUGUGCCGUUUGCUGCCUUCAAUUAGUUUGAUUUUCCUUCCAUUAAUUUCUUUACCAGAAAGCUUUUCAAUAGCAUUCUUUAAAUCACUGUAAGAGGCAAAUUCAACCACCCUACAGAAAAAAAAAAAAAAAAAACAAACACAAA